AUCUGGUUUUGUUUGUUUAAUCCAUUUGCUAUUUUGAUGCCCUAAUUUCAACACAAGUCAAAACACUGUCCAAAACCCCCUUCCUCAGAUUCACCAAAUCUAACAUAGAUUUCUGCUAAAUUCUCCCCUUUCAGAUCCAACAAUUUCCGACACAGGGCUCAUAAGCCCUUCAAUUUUCCUUCCUCUGAUUCAAUGGCGGCUACGCUUCAUCAUCAUCAUCAUCAUAAAGGCAAGUUUUCUAUGUUCUGUUUGCUGUUCUGUUUCUCUUCUCUGCUUGUUUCCACCACCCCCAUCAACCCUGAAUCAUGUUCUGCACAAUCCGAGCUGGACCAUGAUUCAUUCAACAAGGAACCUGUAGCAAAUCACUUGAAUAAUCAACAAGUUUUGUUGAGUAAACUUGAAGAGCUUGUGAGAAAUCUUAGUGAUGUAGUUGCAAGAUUGGAAUCAAAACUUCAAACCCCUCCUCCUCUGGAAAUGGCUCAGGAAAAGGGUAGGGUAGCUGAAACAAAGGGUGCUGAAUCAGGUGAUGUUGAUGGAGGAUCAAGUAAUAUAGAUAAGGAAAUUGAUGGCAGACCAAGAGAUGGGGAGAGAGCUAGGGGAAUGUCUGUGACAAAAUAUACUCCAUUUUGGUCUGAGAGGUUCCAAUUUGCAUCUGCUUUGAAGUUAGAUUCUGAUGCCACUUGUAUAAAUGUUCUGCCUUUUAAGGACCAUGAGGGGCUGAGUAAGUAUGUGGCUGUGAGUGAUGAGAAGGGGAGAGUGUAUGUGUUCUUGAGGAAUGGUGAUGUUUUGGUUGAGUUUGAUACCUCAAUGGAAUCACCCAUCACAGCAAUGGUUUCAUACACCUCAGCUUACAAGAAUGAGAGUUUUGUGGUGACUGGUCAUGGGAAUGGGGAAAUCUUGAUCCACCGGGUUUGGGAGGGAUCAGGUGGAGAUGAUUGGAGUUCUCUUUUCAUGGAAAAUGUUGGUAAGUUUGUGUCACCUGAAAACCAUGUGAGUAGGUUGCCGGUUACUGUUUUAGAAGUUCAUUUUGUUGGGAGGAUGAAGUACAUUCUGUCAGCUGAUACUAGUGGCAAGAUCAAGGUGUUUAAGGAAAAUGGUUCGUUUUACGGUUCUGUCAUGCCAAGUAGCAGACCUCUAGUUUUCUUGAAGCAAAGGUUGAUGUUUUUGACAGAAACCGGUGCAGGCUCAUUGGAUCUGAGAGGCAUGAAAAUCAGAGAAACGGAAUGUGAAGGGCUAAACCAUUCAGUUGCUAGGACUUAUGUUUUCGAUGCCACGGAGCGAUCCAAAGCAUAUGGUGUUACCUCAGAGGGGGAUCUGAUUUAUGUCUUGUUGCUUGGAGAUGUGAUGAACUUCAAAUGCAGGGUUAGAUACAAGAAAAAGUUUGACAUGGAUGAGCCUGUGGCAUUGCAAGCAAUUAAGGGGUAUUUGCUGAUUGUGAACCCCAAAAAGGUUUUGGUGUUCAAUGUUUCAUCUCCACAUUAUGUGAGAGUUGGGGUGCCUAGGCCUGUUUUCUCCUCAAGUAUUGAUGAGAUUAGAUCAUCGUUCUUGAAUUAUCCGACCACGAGUUCAGAUACGGAAACAAGAGUGAUGAUACCUUUGAUAGCUAGUGACCGGGAAAAGCUUGUUAUUGUUGGCCUUGGAGGAGGGUAUGUUGGAAUGUACCAUUCCAAUCUACCUAUCUUUAAAGGGGACUUCAACACCAUGCUUUGGACUAGCCCUGUGUUGUUCUUCAUACUUUUCCUAUUUGGAGCUUGGCAUUUCUUUGCCAAGAAGAAGGAAGCACUUACAUCGUGGGGACCAGAUGAUCCUUUUAGCUCGACAUCAGCUUCAACAGGCGCGCCGUUGGCGUCCAGCUCUGGUGACAGAUCUUUUGUGGACUCAUCUUCAAGAAGUGCUGAUGUUAUGGAACUUAGAGGCGGGGCUUUGAGAGGGCCUCCUCCGAGAAGGUAUGGCUCUCCUUCAAGGUUUCCUGGCGGGGCAGCAAGUUCAUAUAGACUUGGCUCUGCAGAUCACAAUCCUAGGCCAGCUUCAGUAGAUCCUGAAUUCCGAGCGGCAUCGGAGCUAAAAUUUAGGGCCUCCACCAUGGAUCCCCCGGGUUUCCCUAAGAGAAGAGACGGUAUGUUUGUAGGAAAUCAAGUUGUAAAUGAUCGCAGUUGAGUGACAGAGUUGAUUGCAUAAACUUUUCUCUGACUAGUUUGAAAUCUCCUAGUUUGUUUUUUUAAUCUUAUAAUGAUCAUUUGGCAUCACCACUUUGCUAUUUGGUCUCUCAGUCUUUGCUCUUCUCUAACUAGUUUGAGAUUCUCUUAUUUUCUAAUCGUUUGGUGAUCAUUUAGCAUCACUUUGC